AUGGUGAAGAAUUCAAUAAAUAGGACUCUGCAACGUGCUUCUGGUUUGACAAACUACUGGUGGUUUAGCCCUGAAGAGAUGGCUCUAGAUGUGGCUGAAUCUCUCAGGACAUUCUAUAGGGAAAAUUUGCAGAAUGAGCUGCGGAAGUCAGCAAUUACAAAUGAUGGCUCUUUGGACCCAGUGUUUAAGCUUUUACAGAAAAAAGAGGAGGUGGCUGAAGCACAGCACAGCUUAAAAGAGCAUAAAGAGGUGACAAGUGGUGGGUCUGACCAUUUAAAUGGCUGUUGCAGUUCAGAACAGCAGGGAUAUCUGGUUCUGCAAGGGGGAGUUCUGUCCCUCAGAAAAUUUCGAGUGACACGCAAAGAGCUUCGAAAGAGAAGAGAAGAGCUACAGGAGAAGAAGAGGCACUUCCAGGAGAAGUGUCACAGCUUUGAUGAGUUCUUGAAGAAAAAUGAGGAAAUGCGUCAAUGUGCCCUGCAGAGAGCAUCUAAAGAGCGGGAGUUGAUUGACCAAAUGGAGCUACACCUGGCAGAUCUACAGAACAAAUCUGCUUCCUUACAAAGAGUGAAGAUGCGGCUGGAGCAACAUGUUGAAAAACACUCCAUCUACCUGAAGUACCUGGAAGCAGUGGUGCUGGCCUCCAGAAAGUUUCAGACAGUCAAUGAGGUCAUAGAGAAGCACACAAGUUUGGCAGCCAUCAGGAAUGAGCUAUUGCAGGAGGCAGAGCAGAACCAGAGAGAACUGGAAUGGGCCAGAGGGCAGCUUGAGUCAGAUAAGGAGAAGAAAAGCAUCAUAAUGGAUUUGAAAAAUGAGCUGGUCCAACUGCAGAAGGAGCUGGGUCAGGCCAGAGCAAAUGUGCAACAUUUCCUUCCUUAUGAGAAAGACUUGCAUCUUAAGUUAAUAGACAAGUCCAAAAUGACCGUGAGUGAACUUAAAUGUCUGCACAAGUGUGCCUUGCCAUGGACUGGCAUCUCAUUAAAGAGUGGCUCCUGCCUCACAUCCAAUGUUAUUAGAACUGGCUUAAUUUCCAAGCAGGAAACACAAUGGGCUCGUGUCCAAAACAGUGCAGCAAGCCGGACCCUCAUGCUAGGCACCAUCAGAAUGGCGACCCUCAACAUGUACCGGACUAUCUGUAGAGAGGCUAAUGUUCCCAACAACAUAUCUGUUCCUGCAGAUGACACCCUAGCACAGCUGGACACGAUUCAAAGGUUUCUCUUGGAGCUGGCAGCCAUUUGUGAGACUGUAAAGAUCUAG